UAUAUAGAGAGUGGAUUCAGUAAUAGGGACAGUGUGAUCCCACGUAAUGAUUAGCACUGAACAAAGACACAAGAAGCAGAGUCCGUAGUUACUGUUACUGCUGCUAGAUAUUGUGCCGUGGCAAUUAAUAUCCACCAGCGGAUGAUCAAUAAGGAAUCCUUACAGAUUUCAUUAAUCACUGCUGUUCAAGCUCCAGUUGACUGCUGUGCUGGCACUACUUCUCCCUCCUAACAACAGUGAGGACAUCAUGUUGCCAAUCAGAUUUGCUGAGAUGGCAGCAAAUUCCAGUGAGUGAAGGAAGAGCUUCUAAUACCCUGAAAACAUGCAUUGAUGCAUAGAAGACAACAAGAAAAGCAAUAAAUUCUUUGACUUCAGCAAACGGCUUUAAACUCAGAUGCAUCAGCCUGGAAAAUGGCGAGACAGAGCAUGGCAGACAGUGAAUCAUGUCUGGAUGAAGGGGGCAUGUGCAACCUGCGCUUCCUCUGUGAAGUGUCAUCAACUCAGGUACCAUCCCUGUGUCCAGAAAGAAGAAUGUGGGUGAAUGGAUACUAGGUCAUGUGGCAGAGACGAAGAGAUUGCAUUUGACUGAAGCAAGAGGAAGCUGUGCAGAGGACAACAUGAAAAGGAAAUGUGGCUUUGAUGUGUGUAGCCAAUCGGCUACAAGUCAUUCUCCUGGUAAUUAUGGAAAACUGGCUCCAAGAUGUACCCUAAAGCCUCUGUAUGUUGCCAGUCAAGCUAGAUACAAGGAAGGCAUGUGCCUUGAAUUCCGACACUUAGUACAUGGUGGGAAUUUAUACUGCAGCAGAGACAUCGACCCCAUUAUUGGCCCUGAUGGCAGGACGCACACCAACAAGUGUGUCAUGUGCCGAGAAGUCUUACAUAUUCCUAGUUUCAUCUCUAUGGCAGAAACCCCCUGGCUGAGGCAAAUACUACAACAUAUAACCCCCAGAACAGAGAGGACAAAAAGAGGAUUCAUUGCUGAUUAUGGAAGUAAUAGUUAUGGAAGUUCAAGUGGAUGGCCUAAUGAGUCUUCUUCAGAAAAGGAUGAUGGCUGUGGUGAAUACUGGCCUUAUUUCAAGAAAGGAAUAUUUUCUUGUACCAGAGAAAAUGACCCAGUUCGGGAUGCUACUGGCAAACAACAUGGCAAUAAAUGCAUUAUGUGUGCAGAGAAGUUCAAAAAUGGAGGUAAGAUGAAUUCUCUUGAAAAGAACCAAGCACAAUAUGGAAAAAAUGAGAGGGAUGAUGAGUGUUAUGAAUAUCGGUCACAGAUGAGGCCUGAUGGAGGACUUUCCUGCACCCGUGAGAAUGCCCCAGUACGUGAUGCUACUGGCCAAACACACAGCAACAAGUGCCUCAUGUGUGCAAAUAAAUUCAAAAAAGAAGUUAGAGAAGGCAAGAUUGGCGGUGGAGGACCAUACGGGAACAGAAUUAUUCAAGGGAAUUCAAAUCAAGGAAACAGAAAUGAGAACAAUUGCAACCAAUUUGGGAGGUCACAGCAACAAAAUAAUGGAAAUAAUGUAAAUAAUCCCUGCACUGGGGAACAGAGGAUUGCACCGGGUGAUUACAGGUCACAUGCCAAUUGUGGAGGGACAGAAGAGUCAACACAGUACAAUGUCAAUUGUGGAAGACCGUCUUUCAAUGACCGACGAAAAAGAAAGGCUGUCGAGGAAAAGUUGGACUGCAUUAAAAUCCUAGCUGAUCUAAAGGAGGAAGGGACUACCUGCAAUGCCUUAAGGUCACCUGUUUGUGGCACUGAUGGAAAAACAUACAACAAUAUAUGUUUCCUGUGUUCAGAAAUUGUGAGAACUGAAGAUGCCCUUACACUAAAGCUUGAAGGUGAAUGUCCUGAAGUUGUUGGCGAAAAGGUUAACUGCAGCAAGUAUCCUCAAACCAGAGGAAGAGUACUUUGCAAGAGGAACACCCAGGAAGUUUGUGGCACAGAUGGUGAGACACACCUCAAUGAAUGUAUGCUCUGUGACAGAAUCUUGAAAACUAAAUCUGAGAUUGGUAUAAAGAAUAUAGGACCAUGUCCUAAGUGCAUUGUGGGAUUUCUAGAGGUGGGGCUUCAUUUCCCGGCCUCCAGAUGGCUGUGCCACUCUUGGCAGCAUGGCUCGUGUGAGCGCACAAGCAGUGCACUUCGAGUGGCCGAAGACACCACGAGGAUCAUCUGGGUGGAAGGAGUUGACAGUAGUGAUGGUGGAACUGAGGUCAAUUGUGACAGAUACCUAAGGAUUGUUAUAGGUAACACAGAAUCAAUAGCCUGCCCAAGUAUCCACAAGCGAAUCUGUGCCACAGAUGGCAAAACAUAUGCCAAUGAAUGUGAGAUUUGCAAACAUAACCUAAAUAGAGAAAGGAGAAAAGAUAAUUACAUCUCUUCAGUAAUCAAUUACAACGAAUAUAUGAGAAAUUAUACAACGAUAAAAACCACAUCCAUCUUAAUGAUAACUAUUCGGAAAACACUGGCAAUUAUGUGGCCGCACAGAAAAGCAAGAGUCAAACUAACAGCUGGUCAUGUGGAGGAUGGGAUUUUAAGUGUUGAUGGGGAUGAGAUUGAUUGCAGUCAAUACCUCUCUGAGCCUGGCACAGAAGUCAGAGGCUGCAACCGGAUGUAUAAACCAAUCUGUGGAGAUGACGGUAAUACUUAUGCCAACGAAUGUGAGAUGUGUCAACUAACCCUGGCGCUCAACAAAAAUGUUGGCAAGCAGCAUGAAGGAAAGUGUUCUAAGGGAGAAGAGGAAGGCUUAUCUUUCCAGCCUCUGGAAGAACUUGAAAAGGCCCCUGUGCCUGAGAUCCCAGCAGCAGAUAUUCCAUAAGGAGAUUCUAAUGCCA